CCCCAUCAACGCAGCCCCCGUGAAGAGCAAGGUUUUUUCCUUAUAUAUGCACUCUCAUAUCCAUAUCCUCCGUCUUUCACGAUCGAGCCAUUUUCACUGCUGCAUGUACAAGCGUCCAUAGAUCUCCGCACCAAUCUCCGUUGCUGCUCUUUUCUUUCGUUUGAAUUCACACCUGUAUUUCCUUGCCAUCCAUUCCAUGCUCAUGGAUCAGGCUGACGCCGGCAGAGUUCCUGCUGUGUCUUCAACGCCUCAAAGUCGGCAACAGAGUCACAAGUUCAGAGUGUACCGCGAGGUUCUUCGUCGCCUCAAGAACUCCAACAACGACGAGGCUAUGCAGCCUGACUUCGACCAUCAACUUUGGGGUCACUUCAACCGCCUCCCAACACGGUCUCUACAAUAUGCAUUGGAUGUUAAUGUGGAAAGGGCAGCAGAUGUCCUCACGCAUAAGAGACUACUGCAUUUGGCUCAUGACCCUGCCAAUAGGCCUGCAAUUGAAGUUCGCCUAGUCCAGAUUUAUCCCAUAUCUGAUGGAAAUUCAGCUGACUCCAUGCAUUCAGAUGUACCUAGGGAAGAAGCUUGUGAAACCUCUCCAAAGUACUCAAGGAGAUUGAGUAUUCACCCUCCUCCUGCUUUUGGUUCUUCUCCUAAUCUUGAAGCACUGGCACUUGAAGCUAAUAAAUCUGAAUAUGAGGAACACUCUGUGCAUGGGAGUGCUAAUCAUUCUCAGCCCAUGCAUGAAAUCACCUUUUCUACAGAUGACAAGCCAAAGCUUCUCAGUCAGUUAACCUCUUUGCUGGCUGAAAUUGGUUUAAACAUCAGAGAGGCACACGCCUUUUCCACUACUGAUGGCUACUCACUAGAUGUGUUUGUUGUUGACGGAUGGCCCUACGAGGAAACACAGCAGCUUAAAGCAGCUUUGGAGAAAGAAGUAUUGUUGAUUGAGAGGCAAGCAUUUCCUACUCAGCAAUCAGGGUUUUAUGUCGGUAAGACUGAUCAAGGGGAGAUGAAAUGUGAAGAAGGUCAUUUGGUGAUACCAAAUGAUGGGUCAGAUGUUUGGGAGAUAGAGCCUAAACAUUUGAAAUAUGGAAAUAAAAUUGCAUCUGGGUCAUUUGGUGAACUGUUUAGAGGUACAUAUUGUAGUCAGGACGUGGCCAUCAAGGUUCUCAAGGCAGAGAAUGUAAGUUCAGAUUGGAAGAAAGAGUUUGCCCAGGAAGUCUAUAUCAUGAGAAAGGUUAGGCACAGGAAUGUUGUGCAAUUUAUUGGAGCAUGUACCAAGCCACCGCACUUUUGCAUAAUAACAGAGUUUAUGAGUGGUGGAAGUGUGUAUGACUAUUUGCAUAAGCAGAAGGGUGUUUUUAAAUUUCCGUCCCUGCUCAGAGUAGCAAUUGAUGUUUCAAAGGGAAUGAACUACUUGCACCAAAAUAAUAUUAUCCAUAGAGAUUUGAAGGCUGCUAAUCUUUUGAUGGAUGAAAAUCAUGUUGUCAAGGUUGCUGAUUUUGGUGUUGCUAGAGUGAAAGAUCAAUCCGGAGUCAUGACAGCAGAAACUGGUACUUACCGGUGGAUGGCACCUGAGGUUAUAGAACACAAACCAUAUGAUCAAAAGGCUGAUGUGUUUAGUUUUGGAGUUGUUUUGUGGGAAUUGCUCACUGGAAAGCUUCCAUAUGAAUAUCUGACCCCACUACAGGCUGCAAUAGGAGUGGUUCAAAAGGGCCUCCGACCCACGAUCCCCAAGAACACACAUCCAAAAUUUGUUGAGCUUCUUGAGAGGUGUUGGCGGCAAGAUCCAACAUUAAGACCUGAUUUCUGUGCAAUUAUUGAGAUCCUGCAGCAAUUAGCUAACGAGAUCGGAAAUGAUGGAGAGGAUAGGCGGAGGGAGAAAUCUGGAGGAUUUUUUUCUGCCCUCAGAAGAGGUCAUCACUGAAAAAUAGGAGAAUUGAUGAUGUCUGUAGCGGAAAUCUUUUCACUGUUUAGAUUGAGCUGUACAGUCUCCUCAAACCACCUAAUUGCCUUCUUGCACUGGUUUUCCUCACCUUUUAGCAUUUUCAAAAAAGAAACACCAAUUUCUGCUAAUAUUAACAUUCAACGAAUGUUGCCACAAAAAAAAUGCAAUGAAUAUAUCUCUGUAAAUUUCAAUUCCUUAAUUCAAGAAGAAAUUGGCCGAUAUACGUCUUGUAUAUAUAUAGCCAUGCAUGACUCAAUGGUGGCACUCGCGUUGUUUCUGGGAUAAACUGCGACGGCCUUGUCUGUA